AUGGUGAUUGAUAUGGACUUAAAACUCAUGGAGUUGAAGGAGUUUACUGGUGAAGGAAAUGUUGAAGAUCUCCAAGAAUGGAUUCAUCAAUUCGAAAAGCUUAUGGAUUAUAAAGGGUUUGAUGAACAUAAGGCUUUCAAAGUAGCACACUUGAAAAUUACAAGGUAUGCUAGUAUUUGGUUUGAAAGUUUGAGGAUCAAAAGGAUUAGGGAUGGUGAUCCUAGGAUUGAUACUUGGUCCGAAUUGAAGAGACAAAUCAAGAAAAGAUUCAUUCCCCUUGAGUAUCUUCAAGAACAAUUCUUGAAACUCAAUCAAAUUCGACAAAACACAAAGAGUGUGGCUGAAUAUACCAAGGAGUUUGAGAGGUUGUGUAUUUUGUGUGAGUUGGAUGAAAAGGAGCAGAUGAAGAUUGGACAAUUCAUCACUGGAUUAAGGCCUUCCAUAGCCAAUAAGAAUAAACCUACUUAUAACCAACCUACACAAUCAUCAACUACAUUAUCCAAAUUUGGACCUAAACCGAAACCAAAAGUUUACAUUAGUCCCGAACAACCUGCUUUGGCCAAGAAACAAUGCUAUAAAUGUCAAGGGUUUGGUCACAUCUCACGUGAUUGUCCACAAAAGGUUACUAUUUCCCCUAAAGAUCAUAGGACCUUACUGAACUUCUUGGCGCAACAAAAGGAUGAGGAGGAAUUGUGUGAUACUCUGUGCCAUGAGAAAGAGGAGGAAAGUAAAGAAGGAGAGUCUGACUUUGAGGACGAGGAGAAGUGGGAUGAUCAAGAGCUUCAAGAGGCUGCUCCGGACAAGGAUACCUUAAUUUUGGGGAGAUUACUAAGGCUAGAGUCUCAACCAUUGAAGGAAGAAGAAGAGCAAAGGGAAAAUUUGUUCUAUACGAGAGCCUUUCUGAAUGGGAGGGCGUGUAAUCUCAUCAUUGACAGUGGGUCUUGUGCAAAUGUAGCUUCGUCUAAAAUGGUGAAUAUCCUAAAGUUACCUAUAAGAGAUCAUGCCAAGCCUUAUGCUUUAAAUUGGCUUAAUGAUCAUGUGGCAAUUAAGAGAGGCAGCAACCAAAAAUAUCCUCCACAAGAUCCUACCUUAACUACCCUUCUCAAGAAGUAUGAAGAUGUAUUUCCGGAUGAUCUUCCACCGGGACUUUCACCUAUUAGAGGCAUUGAACAUGCAAUUGAUUUGGUUCCAGGAGCUACCCUACCAAAUAAGGCUGCAUAUGGGUGCAAUCUUGAAGAGUCUAAAGAGCUAAAAAGGCAAGUACAAAAGCUAAUUGAUCGAGGGUAUAUAGUCUCAAAUGAAGGGGUACGAGUUAAUCCUUCUAAAGUACAAGCCAUCUUAUCUUGGCCAGAACCAAAGAAUACACAUGAUGUGAGAAGUUUUCAUGGCUUGGCAAGUUUUUAUGGGCGUUCUAUCCGAAACUUUAGUACCAUGGCAGCCCCUCUUACGGAACUUACAAAGAAGGGUGAGUUUGUUUGGACUAACAAUGUAAAGAGGGCCUUUGAAGAAUUAAAGGCUAGCUUAUGUAACUCAUCGAUUCUUGCUCUACCAGAUUUCUUUAAACUAUUUGAGGUUGAAACAGAUGCUAGUGGUUUGGGAAUAGGAGUUGUGCUUCGUCAAGAAAAAUGUCCAAUAGCCUUUUUUAGUGAGAAAUUGAAUGGGGAUAAGCUUAAUUAUUCUACUUAUGACAAGGAGUUUUAUGCCAUCAUUCGAGCACUUGAACAUUGGUCUCAUUUUUUGCGUCCAGAACCGUUUGUGCUACGUUCGGAUCAUGAGAGUCUAAAACACAUACAUGGGCAACAAAAACUUAAUGUGAGACAUGCUAAGUGGGUGGAAUUUUUUCAAGCCUUCACAUUUGCUUCUAAGUAUAAGGAAGGCAAGGAGAAUGUUGUGGCGGAUGCAUUGUCAAGAAGAGGGUAUUUGUUGGCAGUUAUGGAAGCUCGCUUGUUGGGGUUUGAAAUUCUCAAGCAAUACUAUAGUAAUGAUCAUGAUUUCAAGGAGAUAAUUGCUACUCCUCAAGGUUCCUAUGUUAUUCAAGAUAGGUUCUUAUUUAAGGAGAAUCGUCUAUGUGUGCCUAAGUGUAGUGUACGUGAGUUGUUAAUAAGGGAAAUGCAUGCUGGAGGCAUUACGGGACAUUUUGGGGUACAUAAAACAUAUGACUUGUUGUGUGAGCAUUUCUAUUGGUGUAAGAUGCUUAAAGAUGUUCAUCAUGGGAUUGAGAGAUGCGCCACAUGCCAAAAGGCCAAGAGUACUUUCCACAAAGGUUUGUACACUCCAUUACCUGUGCCUAGUGUACCUUGGGAUAGUGUAAGUAUGGAUCUUAUUGUUGGAUUACCACGGACAACAUGA